UGGCAGACGUAACCACGCCCCGUGCUGCCAGAUUCCAAGAUGGCGGCGUCUGCAGCAAGGGCGCUGAGAGCAGCGAGUGGGAGAUGGCCUCGCCUGGUGUGGGGGCGGCAGCGGCUCGGUGAGGAGGUGGCUCUUCACGGAGGGGCAGCCCUAGCACAGCCACCAUUGUGCUCCGCCCGGACCGUGUGGGUAUCAUCACCUCUGAAGUUUACGGUAGACCAGAAGACACCGCCUCCAUUUACACACACCGACCCAGUGGGGAAACCUGAGGAGUCUGGCCCUUCUCCGAGGUACACAGACCAGGGUGGCGAGGAAUCUGAGGGAUAUGAGAGUGUGGAGCAGCUCCAGGAGCGUAUUUUGACUGCGGCCUUGGCAUUUGUGCCCGAAUAUGGCUGGACCUCGGAUGCUAUUGCCGAAGGAGCAAAGGCCUUGGAUCUGUCAGCGGCUGCAGCGGGGAUGUUCGGUAAUGAAGGUGCUGAGCUGGUCCUGCACUUUGUCUCUCAGUGUAACAGGAAACUAGUGGAAGUGCUGGAGGAAGAGCAGAAACUGGUGCAGCUGGGCAGCGCUGAGAAGAAACCAACAGCGCAGUUCCUGAAAGAUGCACUGGAGGCUCGGCUAAAGAUGCUGAUUCCCUACAUGGGAUAUUGGCCACAGGCGCUGGGGAUACUCCUCCUGCCGCACAAUAUUCCUGCCAGCCUGAAGCUUCUGACCACCAUGGUGGAUGACGUUUGGCAUUAUGCUGGUGACCAGUCUACUGAUGUCAGCUGGUACUCGCGCAGGGCGGUGCUGGCGGGAAUUUACAACACAACGGAGCUGGUCAUGACGCAGGAUAACUCUCUAGAUUUCCAGGACACAUGGAGCUUCCUGCAGAAUCGCAUAUCAGAGGCUGUGACUAUGGGGAAUUCUGUUACACAGGUGACCUCUACAGGAGAAGCUGUUAUACAGGGGCUGAUGGGAGCGGCGGUUACUAUAAAGAACCUGACGGGACUGAACCAGCGUCGGUGAAGGUCACUACAACCCUCUGCCUGCACCUCAUUAUGCGUAAUAAAUAGAUUGUAUCCUG